CUGGGAACGCUGAGGCAUGUGGAUCUAAUUUCUCUAUGAGGAAAAAGCCUUACUGUGACGUCCACUCUGCUCCAGGACUACUGAGGUCUUGCUUGCCAUUGCUAGGUAGGGUUUAGGGUAUCACUGGCUAAGGCCUAUACGGUGUCUCACCUGCCCAUGGAAUCAUACCCAGCACUUGCCACACACCUGUGCUGGGCAGACAACGCAGAGACACUUAGCAUCACAGGAUAAUGGAAGAGGUGUUUGGGAUCCCCCUGAGAUCCACCUGACCAUGACCCGGGAUGAGGCCCUUCCUGACUCCCAUUCUGCACAGAGUUUCUAUGAGAACUAUGAGCCCAAAGAGAUCCUGGGCAGGGGAGUCAGCAGCGUGGUCAGGCGCUGCAUCCACAAACCUACGUGCCAGGAAUAUGCAGUAAAAAUCAUCGACAUCACCGGAGGAGGAAGCUUUAGCUCUGAGGAGGUACAGGAGCUUCGGGAAGCCACCCUGAAGGAGGUGGACAUCCUGCAGAAGGUCUCAGGAUACCCCAACAUCAUACAGCUGAAGGACACUUACGAGACCAACACUUUCUUCUUCUUGGUAUUUGAUCUGAUGAAGAGAGGGGAACUCUUUGACUAUCUCACCGAGAAGGUCACCCUAACUGAGAAGGAAACCAGAAAGAUCAUGCGGGCCCUGCUGGAGGUGAUCUGCACCUUGCACAAACUCAACAUUGUCCACCGGGACCUGAAGCCGGAAAACAUCCUUUUGGAUGACAAUAUGAACAUCAAGCUCACAGACUUCGGGUUCUCCUGCCAGCUGCAGCCAGGAGAGAAGCUCCGAGAGGUUUGUGGGACUCCCAGUUAUCUGGCCCCUGAAAUCAUCCAGUGCUCCAUGGACGACAGCCAUCCUGGCUAUGGGAAGGAGGUGGACAUGUGGAGCACAGGAGUCAUCAUGUACACGCUGCUGGCUGGCUCCCCUCCUUUCUGGCACCGGAAGCAAAUGCUGAUGUUGAGGAUGAUCAUGGAUGGCAAAUACCAGUUUGGCUCACCAGAGUGGGACGACUACUCGGACACAGUAAAAGACUUGGUGUCUCGAUUCUUGGUGGUGCAACCUCAGAACCGCUGCUCAGCGGAAGAGGCCUUGGCACACCCUUUCUUUCAGGAGUACGUAGUAGAAGAAGUAAGGCACUUCAGCCCCCGAGGGAAGUUCAAGGUGAUCUGUCUAACUGUGCUGGCAUCAGUAAGGAUCUACUACCAGUACCGUCGGGUGAAGCCGGUAACUAGGGAGAUCGUCAUCCGAGACCCCUAUGCGCUACGGCCACUACGGAGGCUCAUCGACGCCUACGCUUUCCGUAUCUACGGCCACUGGGUGAAGAAGGGGCAGCAGCAGAACAGAGCUGCCCUCUUCGAGAACACGCCCAAGGCAGUGCUCCUCUCUUUGGCUGAGGAGGAAGACUUCUGACGGGCGGCGGGGCACAGGAGAAAGCAGACUGAAGGUACUCCCCCGGAUUUGUGCGAAGAGGAUGCCCCACGUAGCCUUCUGCAAAGGAAUAGGUGGCUCUACUCUAUGCUCUCAAAGGCUCGCCACUAGAUACACAGGGUGUUCCCACUAAACAGCAGUAAUUACAGCUGGAGCUGGGUGUGCUGUUGCAUGUGCCUGUUGCCCUGAGACAGUAGGAUCCCAGGUUCUAGACCAGCCUGGGCAGCUUAGUGAUGCUUAUUUCAAAAUAAAAAUAGGGCUGGGAAUGUAACUCUGUGGUGAGUGUAAGACCUCCAAACUCUACCUCUGGUAUAGCAAAAAUAGAUAAUAAAUAAAUAAACCCAAUGCAGCUGAGACUAUGUAAGGCAAAAAUGGAAGGGUAGAAAGUGCAUGUAUUCUGGGAGCUAUAAGCCUUCUGGCUUCUCUACUGUGCACCUUUGUCGAUGUCUCUAGUUCUUUCUUGUUUUUUGGUUUUUUUUUUUUUUAAAGUUAUACAUUUUAUGUAUGUUUUAGCUGCAUGUAUAUUAUGUAAACCACAUGCAUGCAGUACCUAUGGAGAUCACAAGAGGGCGUCAGAAACCCUGAAACUGGAGUUGUGUAGGCAAUUGAGACUACCUUGUAGUUGGUAGGAAUUGAGCCCCUCCUCUGCAAGAACAGGUGCUCAUAACUGCCGAGCCGACUCUCUAGUACCGUCUCACUCUCUAUAUGUGCCCAAGGUUAUUGAUAGUUGUGGAAAUAGAAGCAGGAUGGUCAGGAGUUCAAGGUCAUUCUUGGCUAUAUAAGGAGCUUAAGGCUAGCCUGGGUUACAUGAAACCCUAUCUCAAACAACAAUUAUACUGGACUUCCUGAUAUAUGUAAGAAUUUAUUGACCUCACAAGAUCCAGUUCUUCUCCAGGGACAUAUUUGCAGGGUACACAGAAGGCCCUACAUGAUUAACUAACUCUCAGAGAAGUUUCUGGCAUUUGCCUUCCCAGCAGAGCACUGCCUUUGGUUCUCCCACAAUGCACAGCUUCACCUCAUAAAUAAUCUGCUCUACCGGGGCUUUUUAAUAGUGGGCACUGUGUGUAAUCCCAGCACUCAGGAAGCUGAGGUAGGAGGAUUGGGAGUUCGAGACCAGCCUUGCCACACACUGAGUAUCUCAUUUCAGAGGACAACGAGGCUGGGUUCUGGCACCAAAAGCUUUGGAAAUGUUUCACAAGAGAAGCAUUUUCCUUCUGCAGAAUUUCCCAGGAAAAGUGAAAGCUGAAUCAGCCAGGGAGAAAGCAAAAAGGGAGAGGUUUUAAAGGCUGUCUUUCAGAGAACUGCUCCAGAUAUUGAAGUGUUUGCUUCCUUAAUACUACUGCACUUAAGAGACAGCUCAGCUCCCAGCCUUGAGCAUCCAGACCCUCAUCGUCCAGCCUACCGCAGUCCCUUCUUGCAGUCUGAGCAUUCUUCUUAGGAGGUGUCUCUCGGAGGGGAGGGGCUCAAAAGGGCACCCCGCAGAUGGAUGAGCUUGGUAUCCAGUUGCCUCUGGAAUACACUCAGGAAGAUACAGCACUGAGGGGCUGCUCUCUCCAUCUCCAUCUGGCUGUUCACAGAUCCUCCUUCAGUCGGCCUGCACCGGAGGCGCAGCGGAAGCCCAGGUUGUCUGAGGCUGAAUCUGGGGUGUUUCCCAUCCUGGACAGAGGAGGGAGAGAAGGUGCACACUGUUGGGGAUGGGGUCUAUCGAGAAAAGAGGAGCUGUAGUAGUCUGAAAUGAGAAUGGCCCUCGUAUGUUUGAACGCUCAGUCAUCAGGGAGUGGAACUGUUUUAGAAGGAUCAGGAGGUGUGGCCUUGUUGAAGGAACUGUCACUAGGGAUUAGCUUUGAGGUUUCAAAAUCCCAUGACAGGCCCAGUGUCUCACACUACCUGCUGCCUGUGGAUCAGGAUAUGAAGCUCUCAAGUACCCCUCCAGCUCCAUGAUGUUCUGCUUCCUACCAUGAUGAUCAUGGACCAGCCCUCUAAAACUGUAAGCAAGCCCCCAAUUAAAUGCAUUCUUUCCUAAGA